GCCCUCUCAAAAACAAACAUGCUGAUCUUUCACAAUAUCUUGCACUCACUUUCCGAUAUCGAAAGAGCGCCAGAGAAUGAGACUUCUGACGCAUUACCUGUGGGGAGCGACGCUGGUAGCCGGAUUUGGAGGGCACGUUCUGGCUCAAGAGGCACCAUCGGGCGAUUUGCCUGCAACUUCCUCUGUGGUAUCAUCUUCACACGCUGUCCGGCCAGCACCCCCUUCAACAGGCGAGCCCGACGGUCUGAAGAGAGUCAUGUACAGCCAAAAAGAACUCCUCAGCUGGACUCGGCAUGAAAGACGGGCGCUGGAAUGGGAAGAGCAGAUUGCAUAUGAGGGGCAGACCUUCUUUGACGGAUGGAACUGGUUCGCAGAAGACGACCCAAGCAAUGGCCUGGUCAGCUAUGUCGAUCGUUCCAAGGCUUUCUCGGAUGGGCUGGCGUUCUGGACCGAGGACGGUGUACCUGGCAUACAGACCGAACACUGGUCCACAACCGAUGUAGGAGCACAUCGCAACUCUGUCCGGAUAACUACCAAGUCUCUCUUCGAAGGCGAGCUCUUCAUCAUCGAUAUGGCUUUGAUGCCUUGGGGCUGUGGCGUGUGGCCGGCCUUUUGGACCCUUGGAGCCGACGGCGCUUGGCCUGAGACGGGAGAGAUCGACAUCAUUGAAGGGGUUCAGGCCAACACCAACAACCAAAUGUCAAUUCACUCUAUGCCUGGGUGCGCUAUCAACUCAAGUACUGAGGAUCUGUACACUGGAUACAUGGGCGUGGAAGCGGCUGUUCCAUCAUUUCCAAUCGGCAUGCCUUUCAACGAAGCCGGAGGCGGAGUAUUUGCCAUGCUGUGGGACAAUGAUGGGAUCAGGAUGUGGAAUUGGGCCAGAGCGCAGAUUCCGUCAGACAUCAACAACAACACCCCGUCCCCGUCUACCUGGGAUCUGCCCGUGGCUACUUGGGAUGCCUCUAUCUGCGACCUCUCCUCGUUUUUCAAGGCUCAAAUAUUGACGUUGAAUAUCGACAUCUGCGGAGACUGGAUCGACAACACCUGGGACCAGUUCUUUUACUGCCCUGGCACGUGCCCCGAAUACGUUUCGAAUCCCUCCAAUCUCAACAAUACCGUCAUGCUACUGAACUAUGUCAAGGUCUAUCAACAGGCCGGAGCGGUAGUGACGACGAGACAGGCAGAAUCGAACUCAAAUUUGACGGGCGCUGGGGGACCAGUUGGAAGGACAAGUGGGGCAAAUUCGAAUGUCGGAUGGAUGGGAGUCGGGGCAGGGUGGCUCGGGGCCAUGCUGGGCUUGGGUUUCAUGGUGGCCCGACUGAGUAUCUGAACCGAUUGUGGCUCAUAAUAUGGGAGGAAUAUCGUCAUUUCUUUAUCGCGACUGUCUUAUAGACUGGAAUGAGAUACAUCUGGCACUGGGUCAUGUAUUUUAA